CCCCGCCUUCAGCCCGGCGGGCGAGCGCGCAGGCGCAGGCGCGGAGGCGGGCGCCGGCAGAAUGGGGACUGCAGCGGCGGCAGCGGCGGCGGCCGGGGAGGGGGCGCGCAGCCCUAGCCCCGCCGCCGUAUCGCUCGGCCUGGGCGUGGCCGUGGUGUCGAGCUUGGUGAACGGGUCCACGUUCGUGCUGCAGAAGAAGGGCAUCGUGCGCGCCAAGCGGCGAGGUACCUCUUAUUUAACAGACAUUGUGUGGUGGGCAGGAACAAUUGCAAUGGCUGUUGGCCAGAUUGGAAACUUCCUGGCUUACACGGCGGUCCCCACAGUCCUGGUGACUCCUCUUGGUGCCCUUGGAGUGCCGUUUGGGUCCAUUUUAGCUUCUUACCUUCUGAAAGAAAAGCUCAACAUCUUGGGCAAGUUGGGGUGUCUGCUAAGCUGUGCGGGUUCUGUCGUGCUGAUUAUCCACUCCCCGAAAUCUGAGAGUGUGACCACUCAGGCUGAGCUGGAGGAGAAGCUGACCAACCCAGUGUUUGUGGGCUAUCUGUGCAUCGUGCUGCUCAUGCUGCUGCUGCUCAUCUUCUGGAUCGCGCCGGCCCACGGGCCCACCAACAUCAUGGUCUACAUCAGCAUCUGCUCCUUGCUGGGGAGUUUCACUGUGCCUUCCACCAAGGGCAUUGGGCUGGCAGCCCAAGACAUCUUCCACAACAACCCGUCUAGCCAGCGGGCCCUCUGCCUAUGCCUGGUGCUCCUGGCCGUGCUUGGCUGCAGCAUCAUCGUCCAGUUCAGGUACAUCAACAAGGCGCUCGAGUGCUUCGACUCCUCCGUUUUUGGGGCCAUCUACUACGUUGUGUUCACCACUCUGGUCUUGCUGGCCUCAGCCAUCCUCUUCCGGGAGUGGAGCAACGUGGGUCUGGUGGACUUCUUGGGCAUGGCCUGCGGGUUCACCACUGUCUCUGUCGGGAUUGUCCUCAUACAGGUGUUCAAAGAGUUCAACUUCAACCUUGGGGAGAUGAACAAAUCUAAUGUGAAAACAGACUAGGACAUGAUGGGUUGGAUGGCUUGAGGAACAGGAAGUGGAGGUGGUUUCUGGUCCUGAUUUGAUGUGAAGCAGAAGAGACUGUAAAUGGCUGGUGGCAGAGUUGCCUGUGUGUUAAUGGAUGGGCUGGUGGAGAGUGCAGACGUAUCGCUUCGCACCAGGGUGGAGCCCAGCCCUCUGCACUCUGCUCAGGGGUUGCCUGGGUGGGCAUCACCCUCUCUGAUGAGAGGAAUCUCAUGUUCAUUGCCAUUAACCUGGAAGCUUUCAUGAAUACUCUUUGCUUUUAAAACAUUUCAACAUUAUUUAAAUAGAAAAUAAAGAAGGGCCUUUUCUGAUUAGUCUUUGCAGGGAAACAGAUACCCUUACUUAGAAGCUUACUUUGGAAGUGGGAGAAAUUGUCUUGAAGACUGGCUCUACAGUAAAUGUGUCUGUAGUUUUGUUACUUUGCAUUAAGCAUGGAUAACAUUCAUGUGUCUCAUCCAAAUAGGAGAAAUAUACAUUUAAUUUGUUUUUAAUCCUCUGAUGAGCUGACUCUCCCACCCCUGACUCCAAGACAUUUUAAUUGCAAAUAGAGAAGAGUAAAUGGACAUGAUGCAGUGUUCCGUUUGCAGGAUGAUUUUCAAUAGCUCAAAUCAAUUUCAGUGCCUUUAUCACUUGAACUAUUCACUUAAUUUAAUUUGACUAUUACUAUGUGUAUGUUCUCUUAGAUUAGAGUAAUGCAGCUUCCUUGUUUAUACUUUAAUAUUUCAUCCUUCAAAAUAAAAAUGUUGAGAGAAGUUAGAAAUUAUGGUAUAUCCAUUCAUUGGAAGAGAGUCAAGACUAAAGACACAUUAGAGUAAAUUGACCCUUUCAGCAUGUAGUUAUAGCCCAGUUAAAGACAGUUGACUUAAGUAGCAUGAGGUAUUUUAUUUGCAUUUCGUCUAAUGUAACUAGGAUCCAGUAUUUAAAAUACCCAUGUUCUCUUUCUGUAAGCAUUGGGGCCCCUGAGAAGAAAUAAAUUAUUUAACUUGAUAAUAAGGCUGUUAAAUGAGAGAAUAACUGUUCAGUAGCACAUUACAAGUUUCCUGUAAUUGAGGAACAAGUUAAGAGACGCAAUUAAGCUUAGGCUAAUUUCUACAAAUUGGAACACACUUAGUUUUCAAAAGGAUUUCCAGCAAAAAUGAAAACAGUUUAGCCACCUCCCUGUUGUUUGAGAUGGCAGAGCACCCUACAGUUCCCACUCAGCCUCUCAUUAAACUUCUGAGAUGCAAAAUAGCCAUUAAUUAUUCCAGUAUUUGGAACAAAGAGGUCAUUCGUCCAUCUGUAGUAACCUAUGUGUAUUAAAUGGGAACAAAGCACAAAGUUAAGCCAGUGUUUCAUCAAGAUUUCAUGUACUUCAUGUGCAAUGUCUUAUCUAAAUAGAGAACUAGGCCAAGUUGAAAGAUGGGAUUGGGUAAAAUAGCUUUAGUGAAGUGGAACAGGAAAUUUAAUAAUACCCAAUUAAAGAUACUAAGGAAUGUCAACAGGAAAAAAAAAAAAACUGCGUUUUUCAGACAAAAAGUACAUUUCUAAAGGCCCAAGGAAUAGUCCCUAAAGUGUUGAACAACGUGACUAAAUAAAAAGAUAGUUUAACAUAGGGCAGAAAACACCAUUAUGAAUUAAAAGUACAUGUGAUGAUCAUAGGUUGUCAAUGACUUGUGGACUAACAGAAGCAAGAUUAUUUGAAUUUAAAAAAAAAUCUUACAGUAACUGAUAGUUAAUAAAUGCUGAAAACAAUCCAUUACUCUUUUAGUCAGCUCUUUGAACGUUUGUCUUCUGUCAUCAGUAUUUUUAGGAAUGCAGGCCUUAAUUUAUUGAACUGAAUUUUCUGGAAAUAUAAUGUAGCAGUAUUGAUAUAUUUUUAGGCACAAAAAUAGUUUCCUUGGUAGGUGGUUUAAGAUGUUGAAAGAAUACAUGUGGCUAUUUAACGAGAAAGUUUAUGUGUCAUGGAAAUUGCCAUAUUUAUUUUGUUAGAGUUUACAUGUGAAGCUUAGUUGAUUUAAACGCACCUUUUGGUGUUCCUUAUUAUAGUUAAUACACGAUUUUCCCUAGAUACUUAGAGGUGAUAUUUUCUGGAUUAUCUCCCUGUGAUUUUUUGAGAGUAAAGCAAAAUCUCAAAAGUAUUAAUAGCUUGUCUUCUCUUCUAGGUGAGGUGUCCCAUAACAGACUCUCCCAGGUUUACUCUGUAUAGCAGAUUAAUUUCAUAGGGUAUUACAGCUUUCCUUCCAUCGGAACAAAGUUCACAUCAUCUGUUGUAUUCCAAAUGUGUGCCUCUAGCCUCAAAGUGAUUGACAUGACCAUUAGUCUAACAGCCUUAUUUUCAAGUUUAACACAGAGCAUAUAACUUCUGACUUAAUAGUAACUGUUUUUACAAAGUCACGUUCUUAUAAUUGAUUUGGAAUUGCAAAAAAUAAAAGCUUCAAAGGAGAGGGCCCAGAGUGGGGAUAGGUCUUAUAUUGAUCUUUCCAAAAGUAAAUACGUAGAAAACAUUUUUAUUACUAUGCUAUUCUUUGGGUUUUAUCUUCGCUAAAACUAAGGACAAAAUACUUACUGUCUGCUUGUUUUCCAGCCUCCUGUAAAAUCACAUGUUUGUGAUCACAACUUGCAGAGUUACUUUGAUAUAUACUUAAAUAGGCCAUUUCUUUUCUCUCCUACUUGGACAAUGCCUUGUUUUCUCUUCUGAAUCUUGCAUUUAAAAAGUGUUUCUUGUUCUGUUCAGUGAUCAAGUGUAGGGCCUAUUAAGAAGUCUAACCCAAACCCAGCACCAAGACCACCCUGGAUGUUUUGCUGUUCUGCAGGUCUGCUCCACCUCUGCAGAGAAGGAUCUGGGGGAAGGGCAGUCUGCUACCUGCCACAUGGGGAGCAAGAACUGCCCACAGCUGGGACUUCAGGGAGGGAUCGUUGCUCAGAUGUCAUUGUGGUCUUUUCACAUUAGAACAUCAGUGAGGUACAUUUUGCUGCUCUUGGUUCAGCAAUACAAGAAAUUGUCUUUUAAGUCCUACUUUUCAAGCCAGUUUGUCAUAUGCAGUUUCAUUUCCAGAAGUUCAUUCCAGCAGUAGUAGAUUGGUCUUUGGGUUUUUCUUUGGGUUUCAUGUCUGGUGGAAGAGAGUGCUGUUGAAGUGUGUGGUCACUCCUCAUCUUCCUUCUCCUUGGACUGCUCAGCUCUUUAUAAAUACCGUGCUCACUUCUAGAGGCUAGUUCCUAGACAUAUGUAAAGUGCUUGAGAUACGCUGUCUCCAGGCAUGGACAAGUAUUUCAGUCUGCAGAGACUGAGGCGUUGAUCACAGGCCACUGCCAUGCUGCCUAAUUCUUGUUGGGAGAUGAUAACCUCUCUUUUCUAAGCUGCUCAGCUAACCCAGAAGAGCAGUCUACAGAGCUCUGCCCGUCGCUUUGUUGAUGCCUACUGGAUCAUGACUUAGGCUUCCUGGGACUGAGUAGGAACCUGGAAAGAGAAGAACUUCAGUUUAGAUCUGUUCAUGACUGUCUGAUUGGCUCCAGUGGUUUGAAGAAGUUGUCUUUACUGUGUCUGAUACUAAGAAAGUAGUUCACCAUCUUUAGCAGGAUUAGAUGGAAUCUUGGUGUUCUGCCUUCUCAGGGACCAAAAAUGUAACAUUAACUCCUUAGCAUUGACCUUCCUCCCUAGGACAUGUCUGUGUUAGUUUUUCAUAUGUUUUGCUCAUAGUCAUAGCGAGAGGUCUGAUAACUUGAGCUGGAAGAGAAUAGAUCAGUUUGCACACCAGUCACACCAUAAAAUGGUUUAUCAUUAUAAAAUACCUCAACUUUCUGUGUUCCUCACUUCCACCUCACAGUUGUACUGGUGAUGAAUUUAAAGGCUCUGUCCUUUAGCUUAUAGGUGAUUUUUCACAUCUGGCCAGAUUCUUAUACCUCCACCAUAUACUUGAAAAGAUUAAGAAUUAUAGGAAUGGGAACAAGAAUUUGGCCUACUCUCACUACUCAUAUGUUUUCAUACACAUUUCUCACAUGCUCUUAAAUGCAACAAAAGAAUUCUAUUUUAAGAAAAUGUAACUUAGCGUUACAUCAAAAAAAUACCGUCUCGUAAAAGGGGAUAUUCAGUAGAACAGUGAUCAUGUAAAUAAACAUCUAUCUCAAAUGUACCCAAUGUGAUUACUAAGCAUAGUCUAGGGCCCAGAGCUUGAGCCAGGGAGGAUUUAUUUGUUCUUUUCUCUAUUUUUCCGUGAAUUGUGCAACUAUAGGUGAGUCACUUAACCUUUCUGUGCCUCAGUUUCUCUACCUCUAAAGGGUGGGAUGGGUCUCCAAACCUACUGUGUUAGCGCGCUCGCACGUUCAGGAGGGCAGGUAGCCUCAGACUGGAGCGCGUGUGCAGGACUGCUCUGGAGCGAUGCACUGGGUGCCAUGUCUUCUCAGGACUGUGCCACAGACACGCAGCUUCGAGCCCUGAGAAAGCGAAGGAAGCACUGGCUGUAAAGUUUGCACGAUUCCAUGAAGCUUUAAUUUUCCUUUUUUUGUUUUAAAAGGAAGGGUUUUUUAUGUUCUGUUGUAAAAUGUGGAAACUAAACAGGGACUGAGAAAAGCUCCACUGAGAGACCCCGCUCUGACGGUGUGAUGAGCUUCUCUGACGUUCUGCAAAGGUUUAUGUUCUGCAGAAGAUUCAGUGACCUGUGAACCAGAUUGAUUCUGUUUUGUUGAAUUUGUAAUGAAUGAUGCGGAACUUUCUGCUUCCAAGUGGCUCAAUCCUGACCUUGAACUACCUGACACCAGGUGAAUGUCAGGAACUCCCAAACCACUAGUGCCAAAGGGUCACAUUGAAAAGUUCAGAAUAGUUCUUUUAUCUGUCAGACUGUAAUAAUUCCCCCCCCCCACCCUCGUAUCAGUGUUUUUGCACUUGGAAAUAUUUAAGGGUACUGUGUUUUUGCCUUUUUAAAUGAUAACUAUUACUUUCUUGUAAAAUGGAAUAUAAUUGUUGCAGAGAGGAACAAAACUGGAUAAAGAAAAUGUAAAGUGUUGAUUGGUUACAUAAAAUUUUUGUCACGUAAAUGUAUCAGGGGAGCUUCCACUUAGCAUAUUCACACACAUUUGUCAAUGAUUAAGACUUGCUUAUAUUUUGCUUUAUAGCAGUAGUCAUUAGCAUGUUGUAACUGCCUUAUGUAAAUAAAAAGGCUAUUUAUUAAGUUUUCCAAUACUAUUUAUUAAUCUGUAUGUGUUUUAAAAUAAAAUAACUUAUUUCUAGCUGAA